AUGAAGUUCUCCGCCGUUGCCGUUGCCGCCGUCGCCUCCAGUGCUCUGGCUGCUCCCUCCCCCCGACUCCAGUCCCGGGAGAUUCUUGUUUCCGGCGAAAAUGCCGCCCAGGUGGUGGCCGACUUCGCUCCUGUUUUCUCGCUCGCUCCUGGCUCCUUUGCCGCCCAGGCCCAGCAGUCGGUUGGAUUCCUUGACUUCUCCGGUUACAUCAACUUUGCUGUUGGCCUUCUGCAGACCGGUGGCCAGUUCCUCAAGGACACCGGCAAGGCCAUCACUGACCUGUCUCUCAACGAGCUGGGCCAGGCUAUCUCCAACGCUCUUCUGGGCGUGCUCAAGUACCUCAACGCCUUCCUGGACGUGGUCAAGGGCGGUACCCGGUUCGACCAGGCCGUCUACGCCUUCAUUAUCAACUCCGGCCUCAAGGACUUCCUCACCAACGUUGGAAUGUGGAUUGUCAACCUGUCGCAGAAGAUUCUCAUGUCGCCUCUGCUCAACAACAUUGUCGAUAUUCUUAAGAACCUCUUUGGCUGGCUGUUUGGCUCCAAGCAGACCGUCCAGAAGACCCUCGGCGACCAGGCCGACACUUCGGGCUUCGACCGAGCUAUGCUCGCCGUCCAGUCGGUCCAGUCGGCCGCCCAGCAGAAGCUCGAUGGCCAGAAGAACAACUAA